AUGGGUAACACGUGUGCGCCGCAAAAGGGGCCGCGCUUCAAGAACUUUGUAAUAGCCGUUUACUCCGAUGACCCACACAACGGGCCUGUUAGAGAAGCGCUUGGCAAGCUGCAGAAUUACAUUGCGAGCAAUCCGGAGCGCAUCCCACGUGUCUGCCGCAAGAUAUCCAAGUUACUGACCAUAUAUCUCAAGCGACAGAAGGUGCAUCGUGUUAUGGUAGGGGUGCAGAUGCUGCGGGAUUUAAUUGCGCAAUUCGAUGAUGUUAGUGGAUUUGUGCCGCACUGCAUUAGCAUUUGCUCCAUGCUGUUUUCUUACUCCACAGUAGAGUACCGCAUCGGUGCGGCGGAUGUGCUGACUAUCUUAUGUUACAAACUUGCGGGUCGUGUGGAUGGCGAGCACUCUUGUCGCCUUCUUACGGACAGUAAAGGGAAACUACUUCCUGCACUGGAGACCAUGUGUUUAGAGACAGUAUCAAAUGAUGAUGCUGCCACACUGCGGUGUCGUUAUGCCGCAGUUGUGGCACUAGGGAACGUUAUAUUUUGUCUACAUGGCGCCUUGGCGAACAAUGUCAAUUGCCACAUAAUGCCAUUCUUGCGCAACCUUAUGAAUGCGAUGCGCAGUGGGGAGAAACCUGAAUGGAUAGAGCGUGAACCAUUCACGGUGCUCCAACAGCACAUCAAAAGUGGUCCAUUCGACAGCGUUGCACUUCCGGCCGAACGGAGGCAACGCGAUAUUGCGUGCAUAAGUGCAGCGUCAUGGGGUAUUGGAGCAGUGGUUGGCUGCGUGUCAAUUGCCGGAAUCCAUCAAUUCUUGCAGCUUGUCUUGGAGUUCAUUGUGUCUCAUGACGGAUGGUCGUUGCCGGGGUUUGCAUUUAUCACGUUUCGGUCAUUGGUACGGGCGUUGGAAUGGCGGCCGCAGCAGCUUGGCUUCACGGUCUGCCAGUACUUAUGCGAAACAGUCAUUGCACCCCGAAAAAAGGAGGAGGAGGCGGCAAAUGUGCAGGAGGGCAUCAUUCGUGCUCUUAUUGUUUGCACGAACGAGGUACGCAUGACAGGUGGGCGUCCGCAG